AAAGAGAGUUUGCGAUCCACUCAGUUCAACCCUCUGCAUGCAUUCCAUCACAGUAAAAUGAGGCGGAUUUAAAUGGGGGCAAGAGGAGGCACGUGCCUCUAGGCAUCAUAAAAAAAAAAAAGAAAAAAAAUUACCCACCCACAAACAAAAACCCUAAAACCCAUUUACCCGCAGGGCCACAGCCACCCACGACUGGACGAGUGACGAGUGACGACCCACACCACCCACCCCUCGCCGGAAUUUCUCGCUAGUCGCCACCCCUGAUUGCUGUUCACUGAGCGAACCCUAAAAUCCCUAAAACUCAGUUCGUUGUUCGCCUAGUCGCACUUCGCAAGGCCACUGCUGGCUGCUACUGCUGCUGCCGUGAACCGGUGAACGUGAAAUCAAGGUCACCAGGCCCAUCAACGCCGACGGCCCACCACCAAACCAACCCACCUUCAAUUCAAUUUAGCGUACUCGAAUUUACUCAAUAAUCGACGGCGAUAUUGUCAAUGUUUAGUAAUAUAAAGCUUACCAUCGAAUGUAUGGCUGCCUCUUCACUUAUUCACCAGUCUUUUUCCCUUUAUCAAUCGCCCAGAAACAACACCUUUCAAUCUCAAAAUACUCUCCUAUCUAAUCAAAUAUUACAAAUACCUAAAAAUUCCUAUACCCCAAAACUGCUUCAACGUUGUUCAUCCUCCUCUUCUUCAUCUAGGAGUACAAUGAGUUCUCAAAAGAACGAUGAUAAAGAGGCUAAAUUAUGGGGAGGGAGAUUUGAAGAAAGUGUUACUGAGACUGUUGAGAAUUUUACUGAGUCUAUCUCUUUCGAUAAAGCUCUUUACAAACAUGAUAUUAUGGGUAGUCGUGCUCAUGCUACCAUGCUUGCUAAUCAGGGACUAAUCAGUGUACAAGAUAGAGAUAGUAUUCUCCAAGGUCUUGAUAUGAUAGAGAGGCGUAUAGAGGCUGGUGAAUUUGUAUGGAGGAGUGAUAGGGAGGAUGUUCAUAUGAACAUUGAAGCAACACUUACUGAUCUUAUUGGUGAGCCUGCUAAGAAGCUUCACACUGCACGAAGCCGAAAUGAUCAAGUUGUUACUGAUUUUCGUUUGUGGUGUCGAGAUGCCAUUGAUGAUAUCCUCAAGAAGAUCAAAAAGCUUCAGGUUGCACUGGUUACCUUGGCUUUAAAGAAUGAAGGUACUAUUGUUCCCGGCUACACACAUUUGCAAAGGGCGCAACCUAUUUUGCUGGAACAUCUACUUCUAGCUUAUGUUGAGCAGCUUGAUCGAGAUGCUGGUCGUCUCACUGAUUGCAAAGCUAGGUUGAAUUACUGUCCGUUGGGUGCGUGUGCGUUGGCGGGCACCGGCCUACCAAUUGAUAGAAUUAUGACUUCUGAUGCCUUAGGAUUCACUGCUCCCUUGAGAAACAGCAUAGAUGCUGUCUCCGAUAGAGACUUCUUGCUGGAGUUCCUUUCAGCAAACUCUAUCACAGCCAUUCAUCUUUCUCGGCUUGGUGAAGAGUGGGUGUUAUGGGCUUCUGAAGAAUUUGGAUUCUUGACCCCGAAUGAUUCGGUUUCAACUGGAAGUAGUAUAAUGCCGCAAAAGAAAAACCCAGAUCCCAUGGAACUUGUCCGUGGAAAAUGUGCACGAGUUGUAGGCGACGUAGUCACUCUUCUUGUACUAUGCAAAGGUCUUCCCCAAGCUUAUAACCGUGAUCUUCAGGAAGACAAGGAGCCCGUAUUUGACAGCGUGAAGACUAUCGUAGGGAUGCUAGAGGUAUGUUCUGAGUUUGCACAAAACGUUACCUUCAACAAAGAUAGAAUCCAGAACUCUCUGCCAGCCGGUCAUCUUGACGCUACAACAGUUGCAGAUUAUCUUGUAAAGAAGGGGGUACCAUUCAGAACUAGUCAUGACAUUGUAGGAAGAUCGGUUGCGCUGUGUGUCGCCAAGGGUUGUCAGCUUCAAGAUCUAACGCUUGAUGAACUCAGGGGCAUUAGUCCAGUUUUUAGCGAGGAUGUGUACGAUUAUCUUGGGGUAGAGAAUUCCAUCAAGAAGUUCUGUUCAUAUGGUUCAACAGGUUCAGAAUGCGUGUCGAGUCAACUGGAUUUUUGGGCUGCUCAACUUGAGAUAGACAGGAGUGCAUAUAAUCACAAGUGAUCUUUAUGAAAUUAAAUUCCUACCAAUUUCUGUUCAAUUAUGCAAUUUUUUUGGUUCUGCUAAACUUUUGCUACUCCUAAAGACCCUAUAUGGGCUGUGUGCCUCUUAUCACAAAUAAUGGAGCAAUCCUAUUGUUAAUCCUGUUAGACUUUGUUUUGUUUUAAGUUUUUCAGUUUUAAUAAAUCUUUUAGGUUCUCACUAUUUUGAGGAGAGUAUGAUUAAUGAAUGACCUGUAUUAUUUUGGCCU